AAGUACUUCCAAUGCAGCAAAUGUUGACCAGGUGGAGAUAUGUCUGGAGUACCGAAACCUCAAUAUGUCCUAUUCCUUUGGAUUUAUUGCUUGGCAUUUGCAGAGGGGGGCAAGUUGUUGGUGAUUCCACAGGAUGGCAGUCAUUGGCUCAGUAUGCAUGGAGUCCUACAGGAGGUGCAGCGAAGAGGACAUGAGAUCAUAGUGGUUGCCCCUGCAGUGACUCUACAUAUUAAAGAAGCAUCAUUUUAUACCCUCACCCGGUACCCAGUGCCCUUCCAGAUGGGAGACUUGGAGACCCACUUCCGUACGAUGAAUCACGAAAUUUUUGAGAAAUUACCAUUUUUAGAAAAUUUUUUGAAAAUAAAGGAGAGAAUAAGAAAUGUCACAACUUUGCUUCUGUCUGCCUGCUCACACUUGGUUUAUAACAAAGAGCUGAUGACCCACCUUGGUGACAAUCAUUUUGAUGCUGUUUUCACAGACCCGUUCCUACCGUGUGGCCCAAUUGUAGCCAAGUAUCUGUCUGUGCCUGCUGUCUACUUUUUGCAUGGAUUGCCAUGCAGUUUACACUAUGAUGCCACACAGUGCCCCAAUCCUCCUUCUUACGUUCCUCAAGGAUUAUCUGAAAGCACAGAUCACAUGACUUUUUUGCAGAGAGUUAAAAAUAUGCUGAUUACUAUAUUCCAGUUCUUUCUUUGUGAUUUCGUGUACUCCCCAUAUACGCGUCUUGCUUCCGAUCUCCUAAAGAGAGAGGUGACGGUUAUGGACCUUCUGAGCUAUGGAUCCAUUUGGCUUCUGAGAAGUGAUUUUUUAAAGGACUAUCCCACGCCAAUCAUGCCCAAUAUGGUUUUCAUUGGGGGAAUAAACUGUGCUUACACAAAACCAUUGCCUCACGAAUUUGAAGCUUAUGUGAAUGCUUCUGGGGAACAUGGAGUUGUGGUCUUCUCCUUGGGCUCUAUGGUCUCAGAAAUCCCAAUGACCAAAGCCAUGGAAAUCGCUGAAGCUUUGGGCACAAUACCUCAGACAGUAUUGUGGCGGUAUACUGGAAAUCCACCAUCUAAUCUGUCCAAGAACACCAAACUUGUGAAAUGGCUUCCACAGAAUGAUCUGCUUGCUCACCCAAAGACCCGGGCAUUCAUCACUCAUGCUGGCUCUCACGGGAUCUAUGAAGGGCUGUGUAAUGGAGUGCCAAUGGUGCUGAUGCCUUUGUUUGGAGAUCAGAUGGACAAUGCUAAACGCAUGGAAUCAAGAGGGGCAGGGGUGACCCUGAAUGUCCUGGAAAUGACAUCUGAUGAUCUCAGCAAGGCACUGAAGACGGUUAUCAAUGAUAAAAGCUACAAGGAAAACAUCAUGCGUCUCUCAGCUCUUCACAAAGAUCGGCCUAUCAGUCCCCUCGACCUUGCUGUAUUCUGGGUGGAAUUCGUCAUGAGAAACAAAGGGGCCCCACAUUUACGUGCUGCUGCCCAUGACCUCAACUGGAUCCAGUACCAUUCCUUGGAUGUCAUUGCUUUCCUCUUGGCUAUUGUGUUGACUGUUGUACUAAUUGCUGUGAAAUGCCUCAAAUUUUGUUUCCAGAAAUGCUUUGGCAAAAAAGGAAAAGCUAAGAAAGCCACCAAAUCUAAGUCUCAUUGAGCCACACUUUAAAAAUUAGAUGAAAUUUUAAUUUGUUCUCCCUUUGGAUUCUGAAAAUGUACCCAUGUGAAUUACAUGCACCCACAAAUACACAUAUGUACCCUCAUGCAUACAAGUCAUUUUCAAAUCAAUUUUUGACAAAGAAAAUCUCUAUCAUAUUUAAUUGUUCAUUAAAGUAGGAGCAUAGAGCUUGAGAGCUGGAAUAUGACCAUUUAGUCCAACCACCUCAUAUUACAGCUGAGCAAGCGGAAGUGAAAUAAGGGGAAAGCUUCUGGGCUAAAGAUGAGUCUUAGAGGAGGAACCUGAUAGCUGCUUUCCUGUUUCACAUGGAGGAAAGAUCAGCUGCAUUCUGCUUGGCCUCAGAGGAUAGAAUUAAGAACAAUAGGGACUGAGAGAAUUAUAUCAUUUAGGUCAGGGUCAGUGAAUACUUCCUAACAAUUGGAACUAUCCAACAGGAAUUGUCUGCCUCAGAAAGAAGUGAGUUCUCAUUCACCGGGGCUUUCCAAGUCAGCCUUGGAUGACCAGUGCCUGAGAGGUUGUAUGAAUACAAUUUGGGAAGUUGACCAAUGAGGUCUUUUCCAACUCUCAGAUUCUGUGAUUCUAAGACCUUCUCCAGGGUUACAUGGCUAGUUUGCAGCUGAGCUAGGGCAGAAGCCAGGUAUUCUGACUGUCGGUCCUCCUUUCUCCCUCUCAAGACACAAAAAGCUAGAACAUGACUGCAGGACUGAUUCUCCUUCCCCAUUCUUCAAGAUUCUAGCUUCAAAUGAUUUGCUUAGAACAAUAGAUGAGCCAGCUAUCCAUUCGGAGUCAUUAUUUCUUUAAACUGGAAAACACAUCCAACACCCCUUUCAGGUGGCUUCCUAAUGAGUCGUGAUUGUUAAUCAUUUAUUAUAAAUGUUAAUGCAUUUCCCCACAACCUCUUCUCUAGUUCCAGUGUGCAUUUCUUUGCAAAACACCUAGGUGCUGGUGGGUUGAGCUCUUCUACCACAUGGGCUCAAGAUUCAUGUGAUUCCUUUGGACACGGGAAAGUGGGCACAUCUAGCUGGGCUUUUGCUCAUCCUCAUAAUGUUGGGAAUUAAUUAGACCGUCUCCCUCAACAGAAAUGGAUUUUUUCUGCAUGGCAAGACCAUGCUAGAUCAGGCCAAACAAAAGAAAAAUGCCACAUGGUGUUCUGCUAGUCCAAAUCGAUCUGAAUGUUAUCAGUCAUCCACAAACGGUGUUUUUAGCAAAGUCACAAGUUAUCAUAUUGCUCAAAACAAAACUAAAUAUAUGAAUAAAUCCCUACCAAUUAUUUCCCUGAA